CAACGAUUAGGGCAAUAGCACCAGCGGCAAUAGGCAAUAAUAAUAAACAACAACCACCAGCGACAAUCGACAACCCAAAGACUUGUGCAUUGACGGCAAUACUUUGUCGUAUUGAUUUAUUUAUUUAUUCAUCACACUGCAGAAUAAAUGGCAACGCAGAGCAGCAGAGCACAUGAGGAGACCAAAGCCGUGGCUGAGCCCCUAAAUGGAAAUGAUGAAGAUUAUGAAAUCGACGAAUCAACUGCAGCUGUAGUCGUUCCACCGGAUAGCGGAUGGGCAUGGGUCGUGAUGGUGGCAUCAUUUUUAUGUUGUACGGUACUCGACGGGAUUGUUUUUUGUUCUGGUUUAAUUCAAGAAGACUUAAUCAAAGAGUUUAAUGUUAAAAAAGGUUAUGCGGCACUAGUGUCUUCACUUCUCAGCGGUUGUUAUUUAAUGGCAGGACCAUUUGUAAGUGCCUUGGCGAAUCGCUUCGGUUUCCGCCCUGUAGCUAUGGCUGGAGCGCUGUUUGCAGCAGCCUGCUUUGGUAUAUCAUAUUGGGCUCGAAGCAUUGAAUUCUUAUUUAUCACAUAUGGGAUUCUCGCUGGUAUUGGUUUUUCCAUGGUCUAUAUACCGGCCGUUGUAAUAAUUGGCUUUUAUUUUGAAAAGUGGCGCGCUCUGGCAACCGGUAUUGCUAUGUGUGGUUCUGGAGUGGGCACUAUUGUAUUCACUCCAUUAACUGAUAUAUUGCUAAAGUCGGGUUGGAGAUACACACUUGUUAUUCAGGGAAUUAUAAUUGCGUUUUGUGCUUUGUUUGCAUGCGCCUUUCGACCAAUUCAGCCCAUCACACUGGCUGUUGAUGAAGAUUCUAACGAAAACAAGAAUGAUAAUGAGAAACGCAAUGGACACGGCAAUAUUGUUGCACCAAAGCCCCAACUCCAUCAAGCUGCCUUUACUAAACCACUGCCUGAAGGACGUUUCGCUUACUCAAUGCCAAAUUCAGCACAUAACACAUAUAUGGGGGCAUCUCCCAAGCAUCAUUAUCCCACAGCUGCGGAAGUUUUUAGAGGUGCCAAUAUUGAGCGUCGCCUCUCAAACUCUUCCGGUAAAGGUACCGAAUUGAAAGCUCUGCGGAAAUCGCAGCCUACCACUCCGAAUGGUGAGCCGCAACCCUCACAACUUCACUUCAAUAUCAACAAAGAAUUAACAACAGUUGGAGAAAAUGAAGAAGAAACCGAAAAUGAGAAUUUAAUCGAAACUGAGGCAAAACCAGUGGUAAUACAGGCACGUAGGCACACAGUGUCUGGCAGAAGGCCAAACGACAUCGUUGGGAAGAAGAGUGCAGUAGGAUCGCAAGAUACCGUGCACAAUAUUCACACUAGACCAAUGUACCGUGAUGAUAUAUUCUUCACUGGCUCCUUGGCACGAAUUCCACAAUAUCAAUCACAAACUUCCCUAGCCUAUCAUAUGUCGGUGACACGUCUUCCAACCAAACAGGAUAUGCUUGAGGAUCGCCAAAAGGGAUGCCGACUAUGUCCUGAAGCUGUACGGCGUACUUUAUCGACGAUGUUGGACACUUCGUUACUCAAGUCGCCAUCAUUCAUGUGUCUGGCCUUCAGCGGUUUUCUAACCAUGAUGGGUUUCUUUGUGCCUUUUAUGUAUUUGACACCACGCGCCGAAGCGGCAGGAAUGGAUAAAAGUACUGCACUUAGCGUUGUUUCUGGCAUAGGAUUAGUUAAUACAAUUGCUAGGUUAGUUUGUGGUACGGUCAGUUCAAUUCCCAGCGUGAAACCACUAUGGUUGAACAAUGUGGCAAUCACAGCGGGUGGCCUGGCGACAAUUUUCAGUGGACUAAAAAUAACGGUUGUGACUCAAUGGGCAUUCGCUAUCUUCUUUGGCAUUUGUAUAGCUUGUUUUUCGGCGUUGCGUUCGCUAAUUGCCGUGGAAAUGAUAGGAUUGGAAAAACUAACGAAUGCAUUUGGAUUCCUGAUGCUGUUUCAGGGUAUUGCAGCGACAGUUGGAGCACCUAUUGCAGGCAUACUCUUUGAGCUGACACAGGACUACAAUACUUCGUUCUACUUUGCUGGCGGACUGAUAUUAGUUUCGGCGUUCCUCUGCUACCCAUUGACAUAUAUUGCUAACUGGGAGAAGGCGCGGAAUGAGAGAAAAGCCGCGCAGAGCCCCCCAAGAGCCUAAGUACAUAAAUAUUCGGGAAUUAAAAUUGAAGUUAAAAUUAAAUUUAAAAUAUUAUCAUACAACUGAAUGAACAUAUAACAAUAAACUAGUAAAACUAAAGACUUGAAUUUAAACUGUGUAUGUGUAUAUACAUAUGUAUAUAUAUGUAUACAUAAACGACGCAGAAGGAUAUAUACAUAUAUAUGUAUGUAUAUAUAUGUUUUAUGCAUACACACAUAUGUUAUGUAAAAAAUAAGUUCGUGGUGACCGCGACGAAACUAAAGCUUCCUAACCGAAGUCAGGCAAAUAGCUUAAAUACAAUUUAUAAGUUAUACUGAGAAGUUACGAAAUUGUAAUUAAAUAUUUUUUAGGAUAUGCAUAUUUGCAUAUGUAAGUCGAAAAAGUUAUUACAUAUAUUUUAAUAGCAACGACUACUCUAAUUUUAAUAUAAACCGCAUUGUAACACUAACAUUGAUAAUUUAUUAAUUUGUUAAAAAAAAAACGAAGUAAUAAUUUAAUUAAUAAAAAUUUUAAACUUAAA